AUGGAUCUCCAAGAAACCCAACGUCUCUUCUCCGUCUACCUCCAGGAGCUUGCGAAUCAGUUCCAUCGCGUCCCGGGUUCUGCAAUCUUUAUUCGUUACGUGAAAUCUAGCUACCAGAAUGAUCCGGUGCGAUCGGCUGUGGAACUCUUUCUGUUCUUGUUCGCAGUUCGGUAUCUGCUUGCGCCGAAAUACUCGACGAAGCCCGGCAUCGUCCAGCUUUCUGAAGAGGAAAUCGAUGACCUAGUAGAAGACUGGACCCCUGAACCGCUCGUUGGACCUCCAUCUGCGCUGGAAGCGGCUGAGGUUGAGAAACGUACAGUGCUUGUCGGUCCCACGGGGCCCAAGUCGAAGUUGUCGAAUGGCCGAACGGUUACGAAUCUCGCAUCCUACAACUUUUACAACUUUAACGGCAAUGAGGCACUUAAGGAAAAGGCGAUCCAGACUUUACGUAACUAUGGUGUCGGACCUUGCGGACCCCCGGGUUUCUACGGUACUCAGGAUGUACACAUGAAGACGGAGGCAGAUGUCGCUUCCUUCUUGGGUACUGCAGCGUGCAUCAUCUAUGCGCAGGCGUUUUCUACGAUAUCCAGCGUGAUUCCGGCCUUCUCGAAACGUGGUGACAUAAUCGUAGCCGAUAAGGGCGUGAGCUACGCUAUCCGAAAGGGUAUCCAGAUCUCCCGUAGUACAGUGAGAUGGUAUGAGCACGGUGACAUGGAAGAUCUGGAGAGGGUCCUGGCGAAAGUCACCAAGGAGCAGGCCAGAAAGCCUCUGACGAGGCGCUUCAUCAUUACUGAGGGUCUGUUCGAGUCAUACGGCGACAUGGUUGACCUGCCAAAGAUUAUUGAGCUCAAGCUCCGGUACAAAUUCCGACUCAUCCUCGACGAGACCUGGUCCUUUGGCGUCCUGGGAAGGACUGGACGUGGUGUCACAGAACAUCAAAAUGUCGAUGCUGCUGAAGUCGAUAUGAUCAUUGGAUCCCUCGCAGGUCCGCUCAUCGCUGGAGGCGGUUUUUGCGCUGGGUCGGAAGAGAUUGUUCACCACCAGCGCAUUUCCGCUGCCGCAUACACCUUCUCCGCUGCUCUUCCUGCGCUGCUGGCUACCACCGCCAGUGAGACGAUCAAUAUCCUCCAAACAACACCAGAGAUUAUCAAACAGUUGCGGGAGAAUAUAAAGGUUAUGUGGUCGCAGCUGGAUCCGCGGAGCGACUGGAUGUAUUGUACCAGCGCGCCGGAGAACCCGAUCAUGCUGCUCGUCAUCAAGCGUGAGGUCGUGGCUGCUAAGCGCUUGUCGAUUGAGGAUCAGCAGUUUUUGUUACAGGACAUAGUUGAUGAGGCGCUCGCGAAUGGUGUGCUUAUCACUCGUCUCAAGACUCUCUCAGACGGUGCCGAACCGAAGCAGGCUGUUCCCCCGGCAUUGAAGGUCUGCGUAACGACGGGCCUAACGAAAAAGGAAAUCGAGAAGACGGGUACGAUUAUUCGUCAUGCCAUCACGAAGGUUUUCAACAAGAAGAAAUAA